GAAAUAGCAUAUACAAGUCCUUCAAUGACUGAAGCUACAACCUCAAUUGAUACAACGAGUGAAAUAGUAUAUACAAGUCCUUCAAUGACUGAAGAUAUAACCAUCAAUUGAUACAACGAGUGAAAUAGUAUAUACAAGUCCUUCAAUGACUGAAGAUACAACCAUAAUUGAUACGACAAUUGGGACACACUCUAGUCCACCUCCUCGAUCAUCUGCUAAUGCAGUAACAAUAUCCCCAACGUCAAGCACCACGCCAGCAGCCUCGAUCCAAGAUAGCCAUCAUACUAGUCUACUCUGUUCUCUCUGUGACAGAGUCACAGACCCACGUGACUGUAAAUACACAACCAUCUGUGGUGCAGGUCAGGAGUGUCACGUUGCUAAAUAUGUAACACCACGAGGGUAUAUAUAUUACAAGCUUGGAUGUAUGACUGACCAGGAAUGCCAAGCUCUCCGCGUUGGUCGCAGAGAAAACGAGGCAGCGUUGGAAGAGAGAUGUUGCACAAACCACUCUGGGUGUAAUCGAGAUAUAUUCAAAACCCCCAAAGGAUUAACCUGUGGCUCUUGCACGGAUAUGGCCAGUCCUGCCGAUUGCGAAAAAGUGGCUUCAUGCAGUUUAAGCGAGGUUUGUGCACGUACAAUCUACGCAUCGGACCAGUUCUUUGUUCGAUACACUUUGGAAUGUAUAAAUAGAGCCGCUUGUGGAGGUCGUGUGCUACACAGGGCUCUCUCUGACAAUGAGAUCAAAGAUCUGUGCUGUGACACCAACUACUGCAACAUGGCCCAGAACUCGAAAUUCACCACAGUUACUUCCGAAGGUUCCACAAACACCGCUACACCAACAUCUACAAAAUAGGCGUCCCUCCCCGGCAAAUACAUUGUUCAUGAUGUGCAGAUGAAGGACAUCUGGAGGACUUCACCGAGAUCUGACAAUGUUACUUAGUGGAGUAGAUAACAUAUGUAUUUGUUUAAAUGGUCUCACAGCCAUAUGUGUGGUUAGUCGGUUUAUAGUAAACGAAAAGACUCCAAAAUCCAAGAUGACAAAGUUGUGCAAAGAACGACCGAAAGGUUUCAUAGAAUUUAAUUCAGCAUGAAUUAAGAUAAGAAAAGAAACGUAAAAUUUCCCCAAAUAGAACACUCCUAUUAAUUUCUAUGUCAAAUAUACAUAAAUGAUUCUACCACUUGCUAGACCAUCUUUUAAGUUGACAACCAACUUGUAUUUCCAGGUGGUGUAUGUUUGUUUAUAUUUGUUAAUGUUUAUUGUUUCAUGAUUUCAUCAUUUGAACAAUAUUUUUCAUAACGUCUCUUCUUGCCUUUGAUAUGUUUGCCCCAAUUCAAGGCUCAAGGUUAGUCUCAGAAAUCAAUAAACGGUUGAUGAAA